UAGUUUGACAUUUGUUCAGCAUGUAUUAGAGAUACAUGCAACUUCAAAUGUAUCUGGGGAAGAUUAAUGUUCAUGUGCUUAAUUGGUCAGUUUAACUCUUUUCUGAAUAAGCUACUUUUUCCCUAGUGUAUGGAUUGUGAUGUUCUUCUUUCUUUGUAUUUUCUUUCAGCCCAAGCAUAGAAUGCUUAUCCUUUUUCUCUUUUUUACUCUUUGUUUUUUGAAAAACAAAUGAAUAACCAAAAACAGCCCAUACACAUAUACUGUGAAGAACCCAACUUUGAUGAUGAACAAGAAGAAGAUUAUAUCCUCAAUGGUUUUCCUUUGCGGCGUGAAGUACUUGAUUUUGUUCUCAACCGCGACAAGAAAGACCAUUUUGUGGCUUUUAUGAAUGACACUGAUAACAAAGAUACCGAAUAUGACAGAGUAGAUGUGAUUGAUUGGGUAGCCCAAAUGCCUUGUUGGGCUGUGGAUAACAUGUUUUCUUAUGAUGCUGUCAAUUGUGCAACUGCUGUGCUCAAUGGAGAAACCACGGAUAUUAUUUUUACCAAUGCUGCUGUUCCGUGCAAGGAUGGUAUACUACUCCCUGGAUUGCAUAAAGCAGCACUGUUUCAUGCACCUAAGAUUACCCAAUUAUUUCUCAAAAAUGGAGCUGAUCCAAACCUCAGAGUUGAUGUUAAUCAUAUGAGGAGUGUGUUGCCACUCCAUGUUACCCUUGAGAGCAUGCGAUCGGUUUAUAGCAUGCCUGAGUGGAUUUUACUGGAGGCUAAGAAAUAUGAUUCAUAUCGGUACGAGGAAUUAUCAUUGUGGAUGGCUAACCCAAUUCCAACGGGCCCAGACUUUGUCUUCAAGUUGCUUUAUUAUCUUAAUUAUCCAUAUCUGGUUUGUUCUGCUUUUGACACUCUGCUGGUUUAUUUUCAUUUGAGUAGGUGAACAGAAGUGUUAAAGUGCAGAUUAGCUCCUAGUAUAGAAGAUUUAAAGAAACUUUUACAAAAUAUUAAGGAAAAGCAAUAUGCAGAGAGAUUCAUGAAGCAGAUAUCGACAUGCCACCUUCAAUACCCUAUAGUAUAAAAUGGAUUAAGAGAAAUAUAAUAGCCUGAAAAUUUUGAUUCUACUUUUACUCCACCAUUCAUAUCCCCAUUAUGAUCACCACUGCCCCGUAGUAGUUUCUUUACGCCUAUUAUCUCCAAAAUAAAAACUCUUUUGGAAAUUUUGUUUCUACUUUUACUCUACUGUUCAUAUCCCCAUCCAAUGAUCACACUGCCAUACACCUAUUAUCUCGAAAAUAAAAACUCUUUCUUCUUCAUGCCUCUUUUAACAAUACAAAGUUUUCCAGCUGGACUCUUUCCUGAAUUCAAUCUCUCUACUUUUCCCUUAAUGGCCCUUUUUGCCCU